AUGUCAGAAUUGACCCCAAACAAAACAUGGCUGUUCAAGAAACCGCCCACGACGUUGCCCAUGCCCGGUAUCAACACCGCCAUUGAGGACCGACCUCUGAGGCUGAUUUCUCCGCCAGGUGGCCUGGUGAUGAGGCUUCUCAUAGCAGGAUUUGACCCGCACCAGAGGGAUCGGAUGCGAGAACCGAGUGCUUUGGAUUAUGUCCCGUGCUAUGAGAUCGAUGAACCCAUCAGCAGUUUUUCCAUCGGCCAGGUUAUCCGCUCCAACCACGAGCGGUUUGUAGAGGGUAGUUUGAUCGCCGGGCUUUUGCCCAUUUCCCAAUAUGGUGUGAUUCCCGGGGAGAUGAUUGACAUCGGAGAUGCGGCAGCGCCCAUCCUGUGGAGAGUGACCAACGAUUAUAACCUGGACCUCAAGCACUACGUGGGAACGCUGGGAUUGGCGGGCAUGACGGCGUGGAACUCAUUUUACGGCCUGGUGAAGCCUGUGUCGGGCGAGACCAUCUGGAUAAAUGCUGCGUCGAGCUCGGUUGGCCAGUUGGUGGUUCAGCUGGCCAAGAUUGAGGGAAUGCGGGUGAUCGCCAGUGUGAGCUCUGAUGAUAAGCUCGACUAUGUUUUAAAUGAGCUGGGCGCCGACGUCGGCUUCAACUAUCGACAGGAACCGAUCCAGGACGCUCUGAAAAGGCUGGCACCGGACGGGUUGGAUGUAGUUUUUGACAAUAUUGGAGGAGAUCACUUCCAAGCGGCCAUUGAGAAUAUGAAAUGGUUCGGACGCAUCAUCUGUUGCGGCAUGGCAUCACAGUACAACCAGCCGGUGAACAAGUCUUAUGGGGUCACCAACUUGGGGGAGAUUGUCCGCCGGCGGAUCAAGAUCCAGGGCUUCGUUUACUCGGACGAAAACAUCUUCGGUAAUGUUGAUAACUUCUGGAAGACCGUGCCCCGAUGGAUCUCUGAGGGAAAGAUUAAGUCACGAUACACCGAAUUUGAAGGGAUUAAGAAUGUGGACCAGGCCUUUAUUUCCAUGUUCACGGGGGGAAGCUUUGGCAAGACGAUUGUCAGAAUUAAUGACCUCAAGGACCUCGCCAAAGCAAUUGCAGCCGGGUUAACAUCCAACUACUCCAAUGCACCCACGAAGCCCGAAGAAUGGUGGCAGAUCUCUCUAAUGUACACUGCUCUGAUUGACUACUGGGCUCUGACCGGCGACGACCAGUACAACGCAAUGACCAAGCAAAACAUAGUUGGCCAAAUCGCCAGCAAAAGCGACUUUAUGUCUGCCAAUCAAACCAGCUAUAAGACCAACUCGGAGCAAGCCAGCUGGGCAUUGGCCGCGAUGAAUGCCGCAGAGGCAGGGCUCGAUAGCAGUUAG